AUGAUUAGGAUUACCGGCCUCGACGACAACGGAAUCAUUACGGAACGCGUGGUUGAAUUCGUGGACCUGUUCACGACGCUUGUGGACGCUGCCGAUUUACCGCCGAUUCCUGUUUGUCCUGAGAAUUUCCAGAACGUCCUCGCGUGCACGGAGGGUGAGAGCUUAAUGCCGCUGGUCCAAAAGGCAAAAGCGGCAUGGAAACACUUGGCGUUUUCGCAAUACCCGCACCCUUAUCUCGGCGGUGACAUCAUGGGUUACCUACUGCGCUCGGAACUUUACCGGUACACGGAGUGGGUCGAAUUCUCGUACAAGUCCAACAAGCCUUAUUUGACCAAAAAUAACGGCAAGGAAUUAAACGACCACCAGGCGGAUUCAGAAGAGAAUCAUAACGUAGCGUCUGACCACGCGUUUGCAGAUUUUGCGUAA